AUGUCAGGAAAGCUCAAGGAACGCAAAGUGAGUCGGCUGAGCCCAGAUGGCUCUUGCGCCAACAGGGUGGGGGCGUCUGACGCCCGCAGCACCACCUGGCUGGACCGACGGGCAGGGACAUUAUCACACGGGACUUCUCCUGGAGAGGAAUCCUGAGUGAGAACCCCCGUUUCCCACAAAGUGAUAGAAAAGCGGAGGAGAGACCGGAUUAACCGCUGUUUGAACGAGCUGGGCAAGACGGUGCCCAUGGCCCUGGCGAAGCAGGUAACUGAGCCCCGGGCGGCCCUCGCGCAGAUCCACAGCAGCGACCCACUCGCUGGUCCUCUCCGGAUAAAACCUUGCACCCAGCCUGCCCGGGUUGGCCGGCACCCGCUGGGCCGCUUCGAGGAGCCCUUCCUCCUUUUGCAGAGUUCCGGGAAGCUGGAGAAGGCGGAGAUCCUCGAGAUGACCGUUCAGUACCUGAGAGCUCUGCACUCCGCUGAUUUUCCCCGGGGAAGGGAAAAAGCAGAACUGCUAGCGGAGUUUGCCAACUACUUCCACUACGGCUACCACGAGUGCAUGAAGAACCUGGUGCAUUACCUCACCACCGUCGAGAGGAUGGAGACCAAGGACACCAAGUACGCGCGCAUCCUCGCCUUCUUGCAGUCCAAGGCCCGCUUGGGCGCCGAGCCCGCCUUCCAGCCGCUGGGUUCGCUCCCGGAGCCGGAUUUCUCUUAUCAGCUGCACCCAGCGGGGCCCGAGUUCGCAGGCCAUAGCCCUGGUGAGGCGUCCGUGUUCCCGCAGGGCGCGGCCCCGGGGUCCUUCCCCUGGCCACACAGCGCGGCCCGCAGCCCGGCGCUGCCCUACCUGCCCAGCGCGCCCGUGCCUCUUCCGAGCCCUGCGCAGCAGCACAGCCCCUUCCUGACGCCCGUGCAGGGCCUGGACCGGCAUUACCUCAACCUGAUCGGCCACGCCCACCCCAACGCCCUUAACCUGCACACGCCCCAGCACCCCGCGGUGCUCUGACGCCGACUCGCCCGCAGAUUUCUUUGCGCUUCGGGCGCUGCCUGGGAGAAAUACUGUAUAUUGUACAAGUGUAAAUACGGUGCCAACAAAAGAGAUGGGUGGGGGAAGGCCAAAAGCGAAAGAGUCUUCUGAAGGAUCUC